CAGAGGUAUAAAUUUUCGUAUGCUUUUCCUGCCAUUUUCUGCCGCGCCACCGCUUCUUUCCCCUUCUCCGGCGCCAUCUCCGGUGAGCAGAAGCGCGAGGCCUGGGGGCGAUUGGAUUGGAUGGGUUCGCUGCUGUCAUGCCUCUCCGACUCGGCCCCGUCGGCCUCGCCGCCGCCGCCGUUGGUGGCGAAGCGGCGGUCGUCCGCGUCGUCCCGUGGCCGGGGUGGCGGCGGCGGCGGCGGCGCCAAGGCCGUGACCAUCGACGAGGAGGCGCUGGCGGCCGCCGCGGCGCUCGUUUUGGGGCAGAGGAGCUCGUUCGGCGGCGGCGGCGCGUUCGAGCGGUCGGCGUCGGUGCGGUACGCGGCGAAGCGGCAGCAGGGGCAGGGCCCGCCGCUGCCGAGGAGCUCCAGCACGCGGCCGCGCUCGCUCGCCGACCCCGAGCUCCACCCGCAGCAGCUUCUCGCCAAGGAUUUGAACACUAAAGAUCUCGAAACCAACAUAAUAGUUCUUGUUCAUGGAGGUGGUUUUGGUGCUUGGUGUUGGUACAAGACUAUAGCACUUCUUGAGGAUAGUGGGUUCAGAGUGAAUGCUAUUGACUUAACAGGUUCUGGGAUUCAUUCAUAUGAUACAAACAAGAUUGGCAGUCUUACGCAGUAUGCUGAGCCACUUACAUCUUACCUUAAAAGCCUAGGUGACACCGAAAAGGUGAUUUUGGUAGGACACGAUUUUGGUGGUGCUUGUAUAUCCUACGCAAUGGAGAUGUUUCCAUCGAAAGUUGCGAAGGCUGUUUUCCUUUGUGCAGCAAUGCUGAAAAAUGGGCAUAGUGCUCUUGAUAUGUUUCAACAACAGAUGGAUACGAAUGGCACUCUCCAAAGGGCACAGGAGUUUGUAUAUUCCAAUGGCAAGGACCAGCCUCCCACUGCUAUCAACAUCGACAAGUCUUUACUAAGAGAUUUGCUAUUCAACCAAAGCCCCACCAAGGAUGUAUCUUUGGCUUCAGUGUCCAUGAGACCUAUCCCCUUUGCUCCUGUAUUGGAGAAACUGGUCCUAACAGAAGAGAAGUAUGGAUCGGUGCGCAGAUUUUACGUCGAAACCACAGAUGACAAUGCCAUACCACUUCAUCUUCAGCAGGGCAUGUGUGAUUCCAACCCUCCUGAGAAGAUUCUGCGGUUGAAAGGCUCAGAUCAUGCGCCGUUCUUCUCGAAGCCACAGGCACUGCACAAGACUCUGGUAGAGAUAGCAACCAUGCCACCAGCCCAAACAUCAUGAGAGCUGGCUUUCCUUUAGGUUUUUCAGCCUGGUGGCUGGCAGAUUAUUGCCAUGAUUCUCCAGUGGCUUCUGUAUGUAUAUGUCCCAGAAACUGUGUGAUUCUUGAGCCAAAAUGUUGUGAUUGGGGAGGCCGACUAUGAAAGAUGCUGUCACAGCAUAGCAGCAGCGUAGGAACUCUGAAAUUUUACUCUGGUCUCGAUGAUGUCCUUCAGGUGCAGAUUGAAAGUGGAGAAAUUAAUUGCUAGAAAAAAAGAUGAAGAAAUUCGUCUGUUGUCUGAACUUAUGCCAUCUGCUGUUAACAUCAAACAAUUGAUGUACAGUUUAUGUACACAUACAGUGCUGCUAUACCAUAAGUAUCCGAUCUGACUAAUCAUGUUCUAUACCAAAUUCAGUUAGGUUGGAGUAUACAUUUCAUCACCCAAGAGUUUGGAUCUACUUAAACCUAACUCGGGUGACCUUUUCACCUUGGUGGUUUGAUACCGAGGUCCUCCUUGGUACCUUCAUUUUGCAUGUUUAGUAAAAGAUUACUGCUCCCUCCGUUUCAUAAUGUAAGAUGUUUAAUUUUUUUCAUGUAA